AUCCCAGAAAAUAAUUGAGAAUUGGCUCAUUCGCCUGAUCCCCGUUGCUCCUUGUAGUGACGUGGCGUAUCGACCAACAAAAGAAAGUAUCGUUGCUCAUAUCGCGACUCGUGAGAACUCGCGGACGCCGGAACAGCGUGGUGCGCGCACGGCGCAUUCUAGCUGCACGGGACCCUCUCUCGGUCGCCAGUGGUCUCUUCACCUCCGCGAUAUCAAGGCGAAGCUAUCUCUGGCCUGACUGUUCUAUCUUCUUUCUCAACCUUAGUCCCGGGAGGACCAUGAUUACUCCGCAGAGAAGUGGAUCUGGGCCAUCACAAAGCCCUAGAUCUACGUCUGCACAACCUUUUCUAUCAGUCUCAGUCACUGAUCCUGUGAAGUUGGGCAAUGGCGUUCAAGCUUACAUCUCCUACCGGGUCAUCACCAAGACGAAUUUGCCUGAGUACCAAGGGCCAGAGAAGAUUGUCAUUCGCCGUUAUAGUGAUUUUGUUUGGCUUCGCGAUCGACUUUUUGAGAAGUACAAGGGCAUUUUUAUUCCUCCUCUUCCAGAGAAGAGUGCUGUAGAGAAAUUCCGUUUCAGUGCUGAAUUUAUUGAGAUGAGGCGUCAAGCAUUGGAUAUAUUUGUUAACCGGAUAGCUUCACAUCAUGAGCUCCAGCAGAGUGAGGAUCUGAGAACUUUCUUGCAGGCGGACGAAGAGACAAUGGAGAGGGCAAGGUCUCAAGAGACUGGUAUUUUUAAGAAGAAGCCAGCUGAUUUGAUGCAAAUUUUCAAGGAUGUUCAGACUAAAGUGAGUGAUGUUGUUCUUGGAAAGGAAAAGCCAGUGGAGGAAUCGAACCCUGAAUAUGAGAAGCUGAAACAUUACAUCUUUGAGCUUGAAGAUCACGUUGCUGAGGCUCAGAAGCAUGCAUAUCGUUUAGUUAAAAGGCACAGAGAGUUGGGGCAAUCUCUAUCAGAUUUUGGGAAGGCAGUCAAUCUCCUGGGCGUUUGCGAGGGAAAUGCCCUUGGAAAAGCAUUUUCUGAGCUUGGGGUCAAAUCAGAGACAUUAUCAGUUAAGCUGCAGAAGGAGGCACACCACCUUUUGAUGAAUUUUGAAGAACCUUUGAAAGAUUAUGUUCGUGCUGUGCAAUCUAUUAAGGCUACAAUAGCAGAGAGAGCCAAUGCCUUCAGGCAACAGUGUGAGCUGGCUGAAACUGUUAAGCUGAAGGAGAUAAAUCUUGACAAACUCAUGCUAACACGGUCCGAUAAGGUGGGAGAGGCCGAGUUUGAAUAUAAGGAGUUGAAGGCAGAGAGUGAGGAAGCAACAAGAAGAUUUGAGACGAUUGUGCGGCUUAUGAAUGAAGAGAUUGUGCGCUUCCAAGAGCAGAAAACAUUGGACAUGGGGCUUGCUUUCCAUGAAUUUGCAAGGGGCCAGGCUCGUCUGGCAAAUGGUAUUGCAGAUGCCUGGCGAAGUCUCCUUCCUAAGCUUGAAGCCUGCUCAUUGUCAUGACAGAUGAAUCCUCUGAAACUGUGAAAUCCACUGAAUGUCCAAGGACAUUCUGGUGUUGUUUGUAGAGUGGCUGUUUCCAUUUUACCACCUUUUAAAAACUGAGGCCUAAUUGUAAAGUUAUAGAUCUUUUUUGAAGAGCUCCAAUUAGUGGCAAAACUCACUAGGCUUGGGUUUUAUUUCAAAACUUUGAGAUCCAAUUUAAAUGAAUUUGCUGUUUAGCUCAACGAAAAAAAAUAAAAUUGAUGUCACGUUUAAGUAUGAA